ACUGAUCUCGGUGCAGCAUGCUCCUCUUCCUGGAAUUCAAUUCUAACCCUAACCAGUGUUCGAAUUACGUGGGAGCCAGAGGGAGCCGAGCUCCCAGAGAGUGAGGAGUAGCUCCCAUGAAAGCAACAAAGUCAAAAAUCUGAGGGGGUCUCUCAUAUCUGAAGGUGUCUGCCAUACCUAAAGUGUAUAGAUGCUCAUUAAAUAACUGUUGAUAAAGCAAGGGGAUAUGGUUGGGCAAUCAUAUGUGUACAAAGUUUCAGUAAUAAGUUAAAAAAGUAAAAUAGGUAGAGUGUAGUCAAUUUAACAUGCUAGUUAGGUGAAAUGGUCAGCAGUUGGUGGUAAUGACCUUCACUCAAGAAUAGUGACUCCCUAUUGGUUGAGAGGCGGGAUCUAAACAAACACACCGUAGAGCACAGAGAGAAAAAGAGUUGAGAAAGGAGACUGACUGAGUUGAAGUAACAGUGAAGUAAAAGAGGGACAUUAAUAAGGAUGCUACAGCAGUAUUAAGAAGGUGCUUGACGUCGGCGACAGUGUGGUGAUGCCCGGCAUUGUGGACAGCCAUGUCCAUGUGAAUGAACCAGGACGCACCUCCUGGGAGGGUUUCUGGACAGCCACCAGGGCUGCUGCAGCUGGAGGGGUGACCACGAUUGUAGACAUGCCCCUAAAUAGUGUCCCUCCAACCACCACUCUGGAUAAUUUUCACGAGAAGCUGCGGGAGGCGACAGGGAAGUGUUUUGUGGACAUGGCCUUCUGGGGAGGUGUAAUUCCUAAUAAUCAGCUUGAACUGCGGCCCAUGAUCCAAGCUGGAGUAGCUGGCUUCAAAUGUUUCCUCAUCCAUAGUGGUGUGGAGGAGUUUCCCCACGUGACUGACUCGGAUCUACACACUGCCAUGAAGCAGCUGCAAGGCACAGGAAGAGUCUUGCUGUUUCAUGCAGAGUUAGAUGUUGAGCAAACAAUAGAGGAGACAGAUGACCCUUGUCAGUACUCCACUUUUCUCCAGUCCAGGCCAGAUAUCAUGGAGAUAGAGGCCAUUCACACUGUCACAGAACUCUGCCUGCAGUACCAGGUGCGGUGCCAUAUUGUUCAUUUGUCCUCUGCCAAGUGUCUGAAACUGAUCCAGGCGGCGCGGCAGGCCGGGGCCCCGCUGACGGUGGAGACGACCCACCACUACCUCACCCUGUGUGCUGAGAACAUACCUGCAGGGGCCACGCAAUUCAAGUGCUGUCCUCCCAUCAGAGGAUCAGAGAACCAGGAGCAGUUAUGGUCAGCACUGAAAGCUGGGCAGAUUGACAUGGUGGUGUCUGAUCACUCUCCCUGCACCCCGGAUCUGAAGAAGCUGGAUAGUGGAGACUUCACUCAGGCCUGGGGAGGAAUUUCUUCACUGCAGUUUGGUUUGCCUCUGUUCUGGAGUUCAGCCAGACAGAGAGGCUUCCAGCUGUGUGAUGUGACGAGGCUUCUCAGCCACAGAACAGCCCAGCUGUGCAGUCUUGACAGCCAGAAAGGCAGCCUGAGCCCCGGGUAUGAUGCCGACUUGGUUAUAUGGGACCCAGAAAGAGAAUUUGAGGUUCAAGAAGCAGGUAUUCACCAUAAAAACAAGACAACUCCUUACCUUGGCACCACACUGCAUGGAGUGGUGUGUGCGACUAUCCUCAGAGGACGGCUGGUGUACAAAGAAGGCUCCUUCUGCCCCGAGCCUCUGGGCAAACACCUCCUCAUCCCUCAGAGGGAAACUCAAACCCAGCUCUGAAGAAUUCAAAUGACUCUAACAGAUUUUCAAUUGAAAAAGAACCUGGAACACCUGCUUGUUUGAUGGAUUGUUGAAGACAUGGUUGUAACGUGUAAUACUGUCCAAGUCAGACUGUAUAUUAAAAUGUCAGCAAUUUUCCAUCUGAACAAAGUUACUGAAACAUCAGUAAAUUCCAAGAAAGACUA